AUGUCUCAGCCACAGGGCUCCAUUUCGACGAACUUCGUACAGGAAUUUCGUUGCACUCUUGUGACGGGCUUCGUGACGGCGGCUGUUUUUAAUCCAUGGGACAAAGCUCUAUAUCUAAGCGUGAAAGAGGGGAGACCUUUUCUUGCCCCCAUCAACUGGCACCUGCCUUUCAGAGGCUUCCUGCGUGCUUUUGUCGCCAGGACUCUCAGCACGGGGUUGUACUUCCCUCUAGAGGCUGCUGGAUUUGCUCUGCAUGUAGGCUUGCUUGCCUUUGGGGUGUAUGCCUGUGUCGCAGAGGCUACGUUCUAUUCGCGUCUUCUUCGCAGCAGUGUCUUUGGUGCAACGUCGAGGCAAGAAGGCCUUCGCGCGCCGCAGAGUCUCACGGAAUCGGCUAGUCGGCAUGAGGGGGGUUUAGGCGAAGAAACGAGACUGGAAGCAGAAAACGCAGCAGCGAUCGCUUUGGAAAAAGGGAUUUCGAGAUACCCAGUCCACAGUGUAAGGUCGACGUGGCAAGGGCCCUCGGCCGGCGGCGGGGCCCCGGGGGGGGGCCCCCCCUGGAGGACCUUCGAAGAAAAGACUUAUGAGCGCGUGGCCUUGUUUUGCGCUGGCAACUUGGCGGGGGUUUGCUGCGGCGUGCUGAGCCACCCUUUGACGGUUUUCAAAUACGCCAUGUGGAACGAUAAUUGCCGGGGGAUCUGUGAAGUUUUCGCGCAGUUUUACGCACAAGGAGGUAAGUCGGAAGGCGUCAGGACAGAGACAGUCCGGGAGGGGAGGGCGAGGUUUGGAUCAAGCGUUCUCACAGGGAGAGGCGGGAGGCAGAUUUGGAGGCGCUUCACGUUGAGGACGUGUUCUGAAUACGCGUUGACGACGCUUUACCGAGGAUUCGUGGCGACUGUGGCUCGCGAUAGUUUGUUUGGGGGCGUGUAUGCAUGUGCGCGUCACCACCUAAUGAUGCGACGGCCCGAAGCCGCAUCAAGAGCCACAAAAUUCGCUUCCUCGGAGGGCAAUCUGCACAGGCGAGAGUGCCGGUUAGGGGGGGGAGAAGAGGGCAGCACCCUUUUUCACCGCCUCAUGUUGAACACUGUAGCUGCCUGCGUCGCUGUAGCGGCCUCGUCUCCCCUCAACUACGUUAAAAACAUGCAGCUGGCGGCUUCGCCAGAGUCUCCCCAACCCCGCAUGCGCGUGCUGCUGGGGGAGCUGGUCCGUCAAGUUGCAGCGGCCCCGGGAGCGCAGGCUAGGCUGGCAGUUUUGAGUCGAAGCCUUCUUUUGGGGUGGGGCACGCUCCGCGCUGCCGUGGGCAUGGCCUUUGGGGCUUUCGUAUUCGAUUUAUGCCGAGAGGAAACCACGAUACACACUUAA